AAGACGCGGCGCCCUCCGUCCGCGGGAUCGGGCGCGCGCAGGACGGCCGGGGCUUCCCGCUGGGGAUGCACCGAGGGCCCCGUGUUUGCGCUGCCCAGAGUCAGGGCGCUGCCGAGAGCCCAUGAGCACCAUGCGCCUGCUGACUCUAGCCCUGCUUUUCUCCUGCUCCUUCGCCCGCGCCGCCUGCGACCCCAAGAUCGUCAACAUCGGCGCGGUGCUCAGCACGCGGAAGCACGAGCAGAUGUUCCGCGAAGCUGUGAAUCAGGCCAACAAGCGGCAUGGCUCCUGGAAGAUCCAGCUCAACGCCACCUCCGUCACCCACAAGCCCAACGCUAUCCAGAUGGCCCUGUCGGUGUGCGAAGACCUCAUCUCCAGCCAGGUCUACGCCAUCCUGGUUAGCCACCCGCCUACCCCCAACGACCACUUCACACCCACCCCCGUAUCCUACACAGCCGGCUUCUACCGCAUCCCCGUCCUGGGGCUGACCACGCGCAUGUCCAUCUACUCAGACAAGAGCAUCCACCUGAGCUUCCUGCGCACCGUGCCGCCCUACUCCCACCAGUCCAGCGUCUGGUUCGAGAUGAUGCGCGUCUACAGCUGGAACCACGUCAUCCUCCUGGUCAGCGACGACCACGAGGGCCGGGCGGCCCAGAAGCGCCUGGAGACGCUGCUGGAGGAGCGCGAGUCCAAGGCGGAGAAGGUGCUGCAGUUCGACCCGGGGACCAAGAACGUGACGGCGCUGCUGAUGGAAGCACGGGAGCUGGAGGCCCGGGUCAUCAUCCUCUCCGCCAGCGAGGACGACGCUGCCACCGUGUACCGCGCAGCCGCGAUGCUGAACAUGACGGGCUCGGGGUACGUGUGGCUGGUGGGGGAGCGCGAGAUCUCGGGGAACGCUCUGCGCUACGCCCCGGACGGCAUCAUCGGGCUGCAGCUCAUCAACGGCAAGAACGAGUCGGCGCACAUCAGCGACGCCGUGGGCGUGGUGGCCCAGGCCGUGCACGAGCUGCUCGAGAAGGAGAACAUCACCGACCCCCCGCGGGGCUGCGUGGGCAACACCAACAUCUGGAAGACCGGGCCGCUCUUCAAGAGGGUGCUAAUGUCUUCCAAGUACACGGACGGGGUGACUGGCCGUGUGGAAUUCAAUGAGGACGGGGACCGGAAGUUUGCCAACUACAGCAUCAUGAACCUGCAGAACCGCAAGCUGGUACAAGUGGGCAUCUACAACGGCACUCAUGUCAUUCCCAACGACAGGAAGAUCAUCUGGCCAGGCGGAGAGACCGAGAAGCCACGCGGCUAUCAGAUGUCCACCAGGCUGAAGAUUGUGACGAUCCACCAGGAGCCCUUCGUGUAUGUCAAGCCUACGCUGAGCGACGGCACGUGCAAGGAAGAGUUCACCGUCAAUGGGGACCCGGUCAAGAAGGUGAUCUGCACGGGGCCCAAUGACACGUCGCCGGGCAGCCCGCGCCACACUGUGCCCCAGUGUUGCUACGGCUUCUGCAUCGAUCUGCUCAUCAAGCUGGCGCGAACCAUGAAUUUCACUUACGAGGUUCACCUGGUGGCCGACGGCAAGUUCGGCACGCAGGAACGGGUGAACAACAGCAAUAAGAAGGAGUGGAACGGGAUGAUGGGCGAGCUGCUCAGCGGGCAGGCGGACAUGAUCGUGGCCCCGCUGACCAUCAACAACGAGCGCGCGCAGUACAUCGAAUUCUCGAAGCCCUUCAAGUACCAGGGCCUGACCAUUCUGGUCAAGAAGGAGAUCCCGCGGAGCACCCUGGACUCCUUCAUGCAGCCCUUCCAGAGCACGCUGUGGCUGCUGGUGGGGCUGUCCGUGCACGUGGUGGCUGUGAUGCUCUACCUGCUGGACCGCUUCAGUCCCUUCGGCCGGUUCAAAGUGAACAGCGAGGAGGAGGAGGAGGAUGCGCUGACCCUGUCUUCGGCUAUGUGGUUCUCAUGGGGCGUCCUGCUCAACUCAGGCAUCGGGGAAGGCGCCCCCAGAAGCUUCUCGGCGCGCAUCCUGGGCAUGGUGUGGGCGGGGUUCGCCAUGAUCAUUGUGGCCUCCUACACCGCCAACCUGGCGGCCUUCCUGGUGCUGGACCGGCCCGAAGAGCGCAUCACCGGCAUCAACGACCCGCGAGUGAGGCUGGGCCCGGCUGGGGGCUGGGGAGGGAGGCGCUCAGGCCCUCCGCCGCUUGGGGUGGGGCCGGGGAGCAGCCACGAGCCUGGCUCUCUGACCCCGCAGCUGAGGAAUCCCUCGGACAAGUUCAUCUACGCGACGGUGAAGCAGAGUUCGGUGGACAUCUACUUCCGGCGGCAGGUGGAGCUGAGCACCAUGUACCGGCAUAUGGAGAAGCACAACUACGAGAGCGCGGCGGAGGCCAUCCAGGCCGUGCGAGACAACAAGCUGCACGCCUUCAUCUGGGACUCGGCGGUGCUGGAGUUCGAGGCCUCGCAGAAGUGCGACCUGGUGACCACGGGCGAGCUCUUCUUCCGCUCGGGCUUUGGCAUCGGCAUGCGCAAGGACAGCCCCUGGAAGCAGAACGUCUCCCUGUCCAUCCUCAAGUCCCACGAGAACGGCUUCAUGGAAGACCUGGACAAGACGUGGGUUCGGUACCAGGAGUGCGAUUCGCGUAGCAACGCCCCUGCUACCCUCACCUUCGAGAAUAUGGCAGGGGUCUUCAUGCUGGUGGCUGGGGGCAUCGUGGCCGGGAUCUUCCUGAUCUUCAUCGAGAUCGCCUACAAACGGCACAAGGACGCCCGGCGGAAGCAGAUGCAGCUGGCGUUCGCGGCGGUGAACGUGUGGAGGAAGAACCUGCAGGAUAGAAAGAGUGGUAGAGCAGAGCCCGACCCUAAAAAGAAAGCCACUUUUAGGGCUAUCACCUCCACCCUGGCUUCCAGCUUCAAGAGACGUAGGUCCUCCAAAGACACGCAGUACCAUCCCACUGAUAUCACGGGCCCGCUCAACCUCUCAGAUCCCUCGGUCAGCACCGUGGUGUGAGGCGCCCGGAGGCGCCCACCCGCCCCGUUAGCCCGGCCAAGGACACUGAGGGGUCCUGCUGCUCGGGAAGGCCUGAGGGAAGCCCACCUGCCAGAGACUGCCCACCCCGGGCCUCCCGUCCGUCCGUCCGCCCUGCUGCCGGCGGGCAGCCCCUGCUGGACUGAGGCUCGGAUGAGAGCCGCUGAGGACGGGCCAGAGCUGAGCUGGCUGGGCAGGGCCGCAGGGCGCUCCGGCAGAGGCAGGGCCCUGGGGUCUCUGAGCAGCCAGGGGAGCAGCUGACUCGGCCCGGCAGAGGGGCUUGGCUUAGAGACUGGAGCCCCAUCCUUCCCGGCCACUCCCAGAGCCACGGUGGGCCUUGGCCCCGGCUGGCUGGGCCACCCCUCCCGCGCCCCCGCGCCUCACGGCCUCCACCCCACCUCCCCCUUCCUGCCUGUACCCCUUCUCCGCUUCACCCCAUCCUCUGAGCUGGCCCUGCCCUUCCUGGACUGCAGACCCUGAACCCCACCCGCUGGCAGCGCCUCCCUGGGGCGCGCUCGGACCCCCCGCUGCCUCCCACCUUCUCCGGACCCUGCGAGGGCUGAGCCUUCUCUUUGCCUCCUCCGCCCGCCGCCCAGGGCGGGCCUCGCAGACGCUGGCUGGCUCAGAACUAUCCUCAGCCCCGCUCGGUGCAGGCCCGGCCCUUCCGCGUCCGGGCGCGCCUCCCCCGUGCGGCCCGUGCCCCCCACCCCAGGGGCCCGGCGCGCGCCGACCCC